AUAAAAACGAUUAAUUCGCUUCGGAUUAUUUACUUAUUCUAUUGUUUUGCAUUUCGAAAGUGAAACUAGUUAUAUUUAUUUAAACCAUGGCUUCGUUUAAAACAACAGCGUUGAUUGUGUUUGUUAGUUUUGUGGCUUUGAAUAAUAUUAAACAUUCUAUUGCAAUUCCGGAAGAAAUGUUGGAAUUGGCAAAUAUGUUACAUCAUACUUGUCAGGAUGAAACCGGUGCUUCGGAAGAUGCAAUUGUUAACUGCAGAAAAGGUGAAUUUGCUGACGAUCCAAAAUUGAAAUGUUAUAUGCAUUGUUUAAUGGACCAAAUGGCUGUUGUUGAUGACGAUGGUGUAAUCGAUGAAGAUGGUAUGAUUGCUAUGAUGCCCGACGAGAUGAAAGACGUCGCCAAUAAAAUUAUCAGAGGAUGCGGAACGAAACGUGGAGCGGAUGUAUGCGAUACUGCUUUCCAGACACAUAAAUGUUGGUAUGCUGCAUCGCCGAAGGAUUAUUUCUUGCCCUAGAUGAACGAAUUUCUGAGAUUUCUUGCGAUAAUUGAUAUUUUAAUGAAUUUUACUUAAUAUCUAGCCAGUGACAUGUAUUAUAGUUAAGCGUAAAAUAAAAUUAGUGAUAACGAA